UUAAAAGAAAGAAUAAACAUAAUACAUUCAUGGAAACAUUCUCUCAUACUAUUGUUGGUGAACAUUCCCUUUUUCCGAAAGAUCAGUGUCUAGAUAAUGAGAAAAAUGAGUUAACAGAAAUUUUGGACAUUAAAAAAACAUCAUCAAACCUUGAAAGAUGUUGGAUAUGCUUUGAUGACAUUUUAGAAGGCCUAAAUGAUAAAGGUUCAUGGAGAAGUCCUUGUAGAUGUGGUUUGAUUGGCCAUGAGAAAUGUUUAUUAACUUGGAUAACCGAAAGUCAAAAGACAGAUUUGUCAGAUAAGCCAGUUUUAUGUCCGCAAUGUAAAUGUCCAUUACGAUUAAAGGAUUCAUCAACGUUUACAUUUUGGUUUUUAUCAAAAAUUGAUAAAGUUUUACGAAAAUCUGUACCAAUAUUCAUAGUUUGCGGACUUGGUAGUUCCGCGUUAAUUUCAGCAGCAUUUUAUGGAAUUCAUACUAUUUAUACUAUUUGUGGAGAAAAAGAUGCACAAAAAAUAAUGGAAUUUGAAAUGAAUAAUGAAUAUUUUUGGAAACUUGCAUUUGGUCUUCCAUCGAUUCCUUUUAUAUUAAUAUUUAGUCAGUUUAGUCAAUUUGAUACUAUUAUUCCGAUUAUUCCACUUAUUUUUUUUGGUGAUCAAGCUUUAGAUAUCUCAAGACCUUUAUCACCUACUUUUACUCUUUGUAUUUUACCAUGGAUUCGAAUUAUUUAUAAUAGUAUAUACAGGCAUUUUAUAAUUCCAAUACAUAGGCGAUUUGGACAGGAACUUUAUCCUCAGAGGGAAAUAUCAGGUUAUUAUCCUUCAGAACAUCAAUCAAUAAGGCAAACGAAUACGAGAACACAAGAAAAUGAGGAAAAUCAUGAUAUAAGAGGAAGAAUGGUAGUAUUUGAAGAUAUUGAUUUUGGAAGAAUGAUAGUAGGAACACUUAUGUUUCCAAAAAUUAGCAGUAUAAUAGGAAGUUGUAUUAUGAAAAUUCCUGGAGCAAAAAAAUGGAUUCCUAGUAAAUUUCAUUGCAGUGUUAUUGGCGGUUGUUUAUUUAUUGUUUUGAAAGACGCAAUUAGUCUCUUUUAUAAAUAUCAAAAAGUUAAACAAAGACGCUCAAGAAGAGUAUUAAAUUAUAAUGAAAAUUUAGAUAUUUAA